AUGGCGAUGCGGGGUGCCCAAAGUGGCACCAAGAGGCGAUGGAGGCCCUGGAGACUUGCGCUGGCGUGCCUGGCUCUGCUCUUCAGCUGCUUUUCGGACUCAUCAUCCGCAUUUCUUGAAGCAGGAGCUGCAAGCAGACGCCGAAGCAUGACGCUGCAGUGGUUUGCCGCGUCCCUUCUAGGAGAACUCCCCGCGGUUGCUGAGGGCGAGAAUGUGGAUCUGGGUUACGAGAAGAUGGAUCGGCUGAAAGGCUCCCUGGCGAAGAAACGUACCAAGAUGCCCGACUUUACCCCUUUGCCCAGUGGCUUGCAGAUCAAAGAUGCCGAUCCUGGCAGAGUCGGCAUGCCUGCGGCCAAAGAGGGCGACUACGUAGUUUUUACUUGGGAGGGCUACACUAUCAAUUACUUCGGGCGACCGUUUGAGACGCGGACCUUACAGAAGAUGUCCGGCAUAGACCCCGACCCCGUGCGCUUCCGCGUGGGUGAUGGCAAAGUCAUCAAGGGGAUCGAUGAGGGUGUCCGGGGGAUGCACGAAGGCGGAAUUCGGCAGUUGAUCGUUCCCGUGGAGUUGAGCUCCCAGGUGAUGGACAACAAGGGUGGCCUCAUGGACAAGACCCUGCUCAUCAACGUUGCAGUGAAGAGAGUCUACCAGAAAUAUUUGAGCCUCCUGGACCUAACAUGGCAGGUCACCGGGCAGCUGGGCAGCGUGAUGAGCGAGCCCGUGUCCAGCUCAAUCUCGCUGACGUAUGCUCGGCUCUUCAUGCGGGAGUUGGACUCCAGCAACACCUUUCUGGACACCGCCAGCAUCCACCUCCAUGUGCCCGAGGGAGCCACGCCAAAGGAUGGCCCUUCGGCCGGGGUGACGAUGACCAGUGCCCUGGUAAGUAGCGCCGUCAACGCGGCCCUGGUGGAUGAUAUCGCCAUGACAGGGGAGCUGACGCUGAUGGGCAAGGUUCUCAAAGUGGGCGGCAUCAAGGAGAAGGUCAUAGCUGCGCGUCGCGAGGGAGUGAAAACUCUCUUACUCCCACGGCAGAACGAGGCUGACUUCAUGGAGCUCAAAGACUACCUCCGUGCAGGUUUGACAGCCCACUUUGUCGACCACUACGACGACGUUUACCAACUGGCCUUCGACCAGUCAAAGGUCCCUCCACUGCGCGGGCCUUCGCGCGGCCUGCCCGUGAUCACGGUGGUCACCCCCGAGGCGGCCGUAGCCGAGCAGGUGGAAACGCCUUCGCCGGACGCCGAUUCUUCGGCCAGCGAAGGCCAGCCGGUCCCGCUGUCCCAGCCUCUUCCCGCAGGUAUCAACCCUCAGCCCAGCCAAACCCCGAUGGGUGCGUCAGCGUGGUUUUGA